CCCAGAUGUGACUCCCCACUCUGUCUGGGCCCUCCAAGCCAUGGCUGACACCAUCUUCGGCAGUGGCAGUGACCAGUGGGUUUGCCCUAACGACCGGCAGCUUACCCUUCGGGCCAAGCUGCAGGCCGGCUGGUCCAUGCAUACAUACCAGACAGAGAAGCAGCGGAAGACCCAGCGCCUGUGCUCUGCCGAGGUGGAGGCCAUCCUGCAGGUGAUCCAGCGAGCAGAGCGGCUGGACAUACUGGAGCAGCAGAGAAUCGGGCGACUGGUGGAGCGGCUGGAGACCAUGCGACGCAACACCAUGGGGAAUGGCCUGUCUCAGUGCCUGCUCUGCGGGGAGGUGCUGGGCUUCCUGGGCAGCGCAUCAGUGUUCUUCAGGGACUGCAGGAAGAAAGUCUGCACCAAGUGUGGGAUCGAAGUCAACCCUGGCCACAAGCGGCCCCUAUGGCUAUGUAAGAUCUGCAGUGAGCAGAGAGAGGUCUGGAAGAGGUCGGGAGCCUGGUUCUACAAAGGUCUCCCCAAAUACAUCCUGCCACCCAAGACCCCUGGCCUGGCGGAUGACCCUCACUUUCGCCCUCAGCCUAUGGAACCAACUGAGCAAGAGCCCCGAAACACUGAUACCAGUCGUGUCUACACGUGGGCCCGAGGACGACUUGUUUCCAGUGACAGUGACAGUGACUCAGACCUCAGUACCUGCAGCCUAGAAGACAGACAGCCGCCCACUGGGGUCAAAGACUUGAAGGGUGACAAAGAGGCAGGUAGCAGCUUGGGGUCCCCCAAAGCAGGAUUCACCCACCCAGUUAGCCACCUCUCAGGAAGCCAGAGCAGUCUGGCCAGUGAGGCAGGAACAGGCAGCACAGACGUACAAGGGGGCACCCCACCCCCUAAGGGACCUGGUAAAAGGUGGCCCCGGGCAGGUCCCCGCUGAUGACAGGGCUCUGCAUCCCCGCUGAGCUGAGCCUGCCGGGAGCGAGGCACGCACUUCCUAGUUCAGGUGACAGAUGAAAGUAGCAUUGCUCCCUCUGCUCUAGGACGCCACAUCUGAUGAACAAAUCAGUGUUUGGGAGGCCAACCCCACUCCCCCCACCAGUGCCUUUCUGCACCCUUCCUCUCCUGCUCCCCUUGCCCCACCACUCAGCUUGACCUUUACUUAUUGUUCUCCCACCCACCCCAUAAAUGCUGGGGUCCACAUAAGUGUGAUCCUCUCUUAAGCUGGCCUGGGGUCUUCAGGCCCUGCUGAGGGACCUACCUGCAUGCACUGAACUUUCCCAGGGGCCAUUGCACAUCCAGAUGUGCAGAGCUUUCUUCUGCUCUGGCUCCAGGGAAAUCAGAAACUCCCACUUCAGAGGGAA